AUGGGACAAUUCGGCCUCAGCGGACUAGGAGCCGGGUACGGCUUCGGCAGACGCGGCGGUGGAUUCGCCCUUGGCGCACUGGGAGGCGGAUAUGGCGGAUUCGGCCUCCAAGGACUGGGAGGCGGGUACGGCUACGGCGGGUACGGCUUCGGAGGAUUCGGACGCGGAUACGGCGGAUUCGGCCUCCAAGGACUGGGAGGCGGGUACGGCUACGGCCGGUACGGCUUUGGAGGAUUCGGACGCGGAUACGGCGGAUUCGGCCUCCAAGGACUGGGAGGCGGGUACGGCUACGGCCGGUACGGCUUUGGAGGAUACGGACGCGGAUACGGCGGAUUCGGCCUCCAAGGACUGGGAGGCGGGUACGGCUUCGGGGGAUUUGGCCGCGGAUACGGCGGUGGAUUCGCCCUUGGCGCGCUGGGAGGCGGAUAUGGCGGAUUCGGCCUCCAAGGACUGGGAGGCGGCUACGGAUUCGGAGGAUACGGCCAUCACUAUGGUGGAUACAAGAAACACUUCUCGAGCUAUGGCUACAAAUUUUGA